AUGUAUGUACGCCGUUUCUAUUCGGAUUGGUUUUCGGGAUUUUCUAUGUUUAAAAAUUUUAACAGUUCUUCCUUUGGUUUGGAUUCGAUAAUCUUCUUUAAAUAUAACAGAUGCUUUAUUUCAUCGCUGGAAAAGUCAUUGAAUUGUAUAGAAUCUAGUUCGUUCGGCACGACUACGUUAGUCAGUUCUUUCAAAUCCCAUAAUUUUCUUAAGUUAUUGCUUUUGGAAGCCGAUUUAUUGUUACUACUCUUGUCGUUGUUGCUAACUUGGAAAUAUAUUAAAGAGGCUAUGUCUUUGACCAUAUUAUCCUCGCUAUUGCCAUUUUGGGAUCCAUUUGAUACUAACUUAUCUAUUAAACUUUCUUGA